UUUAGAUUUUAGCCGCCAUCAGCCGCCAUUUACAUUCUGUCGUCGGUUGUUAAAUGUCUUUGUUCGCAUUUUUUUCAAAAGUCCAUAUUUAGUACAUUAAACCAGAUAAAUAUUAAAUAUAUCAAUAAUGGAUGACGAAUGGGAUGAUUCUCCUGCAAUUGUAUUACCACCGCCGGUAGCUAACAAUGGCUACUGUGAAGAUAAAGUGGAUGAAGGUCACAGUUUAUCCAGGGGCAGAGGCUUUCAGUCAUUUAAUGACAAUGAUUAUUCAAAGGACACUGACAAUGGGUUUGGGGAAAGAAGAGGCCGCGGAGGCGGCAGAGGUCGUGGCGGUCGUGGCGGCAGGGGAGGUACCCGGGAACCCAGAAAUUUUGACUCAAAUGGAGAUUUCAAUGACGAGGACAGGGGUGAGAGGGGUGAUCGUGGAAGGGGAAGAGGUAGGGGCAGGGGAGGAGGUGGCAGAGGUGGAAGACACAAUGAUGGUGGUGAGGACAAUGAAGCGGGAGGUGAUGAUGAAAUGAAGAAGCCGCCAGUAACCUAUGUGCCUCCGGAACCCACAGACAAUGAACAAGAAAUGUUUAGCAGUACCAUUAGCUCUGGCAUAAAUUUUGAUAAGUUUGAUCGUAUUGCUGUUAAAGUGAGUGGUGAAAAUCCUCCACGACCGAUAGAAAGCUUUGAAUCUGCAAACUUAAGGAAGUCAGUGUUGGAAAAUAUAGCAAGAUCGGGAUACAGAAAGCCUACGCCUAUACAAAAGCACGCCAUUCCGAUUGUAACAGAGGGCCGAGAUCUUAUGGGCUGUGCACAGACUGGAUCUGGAAAAACUGCAGCUUUCCUUGUUCCUAUAAUAAAUAAGAUACUCGAAGAGGGGGCACCAUUAACUGUGAGCCCUAAUGCUCAACCACAGGUUAUUAUAGUUUCACCUACAAGGGAAUUAACACUACAAAUAUUUAAUGAAGCAAGGAAGUUCUCGUAUGGUUCUGUGGUGAAGGUUGCCGUGGCAUACGGAGGUACAGCCGUCCGUCACCAGAGUGAUAACAUUUCUCGCGGCUGCCACAUCCUGGUGGCGACACUGGUCGCCACCGCCGUCGCUGCCAGGGGACUGGAUAUCAAAAACGUGGACAUCGUGGUCAACUACGAUCUACCAAAGAGCAUAGACGAGUACGUGCACAGAAUCGGUCGUACUGGCCGCGUCGGCAACAGGGGCAUGGCCGUCUCCUUCUUUGAUGCUGACAAUGACGUGGCGCUGAUGGCGGACCUGGCGAAGAUCCUGCGGCAGGGGGGGCAGCCCGUGCCCGACUUCCUGCAGGGCGGCGGCACCGCCACCUACAGCGGCAACAAGUACGGCGGCAGCGACGUCCGGAACUUUGGUAAGGCGCCUUCCAACAUCGUCCAAGGCCAGGAGCCCGAAGAGGAGUGGUAAAUAAUUGUUAAAUAUAUAACAAGAUUGCCAAAAGGCGAAAGGCUGCUAGUGCAACUAAUGAUGCAUGUAUGUCAUUGGUGCUUCACUCCUAGAGUUCUGCCUACCCCACUAGGACAUACCGAAUAUGACCUAAAGACUGCAAAUUGACAAGUAUUGUAGUUAAGUGAUUUUUUAAGACUUGUGUACAAAUACGAUCCUCACUGACUUUAACAGUAAUAUAAGAUAAGGGAUGAUUGGUGUAAAAUCGAUUUAAAUACGGCAAAAAAAAAAUCGUUUACAAAAUCGAUGUUUAACACUUUGUUUUUUUUUUACACUAAAACUAUAUUUUAUGUUUGAUCAUCGAUCAUCCUUUUUACAAACGUAAAAUGUAAUACAUACAUCAUUUCGUUGUACUUUUAAGUUGUUUUAAGUUCUUUUUUUGUUGCUUAUUGAAGCUGUUUUUGUUUUUUUUUUAUAUGUUUUCCUAAUGUACAAAUUAAAGUUUAAAUUUGCUAUAAGAGCAUCACUGAAGCAUCUUAUUUUGUAAGGGUCUGUGAUGUGUAGAUUAAAAGUUGCUCAGUUAAAAUUUUAAUAAUAGUUAUUAUUAUGCAAUAAUUUUAUGUCAUUGUUAUAAAGCUAACACAAAUUAGACAGCGCCGUACAAAGACAGUUGUUGAUUGACAGAUAAAUUGAACCACUUGAAACUUUAUGGGCCCGGGUUUUGAUUUCUUAGUACAAAAAUGUUAUACGUCUUUUCUAUGAUUAAUCGAUAAGACUGUCAUUUCUUGAUUUUUUUCAUAGUCGCAGUCCAUUUGUACAUUAUCUAAGUGCAUGUCCAUAUUAUGGUCUAACAUCGCAAAUUUAAGUACUUAGUUUAAAGAAAUUUAUUUUCGAUAUCGACAACUUCUUCGUACGGCCUAAGAACAAUAUUGCAGGUCCAAUAUUUUACUUGUACUUUUACUUAGUUAUAAGUUGAUUGACAAAUACUUAGUUAUUGUUAUUGUUUUGUUUAGAAUCUCUUUUUGUUUAGGCAUAACAUGUCUAUUAGAAAUUUAUAGUUUUGGUGUCUAUGAAAGAUUAAUAGCACAAAAUGGUGGAACCAUUGUUUAAAUUAGAGAAUAUUGCCAGUUAGUUGGUUAUAUAUUGUACUUCAUUACCAGUGGUUGCUGUUAUUUCAUAAAUAUAUUCAUAUGUCUAUGUAAACAGUUCGAUUAUGAACCUUAAGUCUAAGAAGUUUAGGUUCUAUUUCGGUUUAAAAUAUGUUUCUCUAAAGAGGCAAGAGCAGUGAACGCUGAAAUAAUUUUGAACGUUUUGAGCAUUUAAAUUACUAAUAACGUACAUAAACAAUUAUUGUUAAUUAUUGGUAGUUGUAAAACAAAACUAUGGUCAUGUUUUCCUUCACUAAAAACAUUUGAUUGUAAAACCUAUAUAAACCUGUGAUGAUUAGUUUAAGUAUAGGUUUAUAAUUUUAAUUAACGUUCCGCCAUAAUCAACAUUGUUCAAAUUUGAUUAAAUCCUAGAUUACAUGAGAAUUUGGUUUUGAGUUUGUUUGUUUCUUUAAUUACUGAAAUUUGUAUUUAAAUUACAAGUAACAAAACAAUCAGGGUAAUAAAUAUUACGAUAUUUUUUUCUAAAGGCUCUUUAAAAAAAAUAGGAUAUUCAUUACUUUUUUGUAAAAGACUUUGAUUUGGUGAUAUCACUUGUAAGAUUUGAUUCGAGUCGUGACUGUGUUAUUCUAUAAAUAUACUAAGUUAGACUUGUGGAAAAAUUA